UUGAUUAAAGGUAUGUAAAAUCAGUGAAUUAAGUACUCCCCUCCGGUGCCUCUUCCAGUGUAUUUUCACGAAAGCGGUCAAAAAAAAAAGACAUUGCCCUAGACGUAGUCUGCCUGUGAAAUCAUACGCAGUGGAGCAUAGUAAUGCUGCAAACACUUGCAGCAAUCGGGAGACAUUUCAUUCUACAGCAAUAAUAGGCUCAAAGGCGUAAUUGAAAGAAACCCAGUCAAGGACAUUGGCAUUGGUACCGAACGGAAUAGGAGGCAAGCAUUUACCGGGCUGUUGAGUGCGCAACUGUUAAUAUGUUAAAUGGGGAGGUCGCUUCGAGGUAUAAUUUUCGGUCUCAUCGGGAGAAGCCAAGAUGGACCUACGAAGGUGGUGAGAGGGGAUUGAGGAUAUCUGGACUGACUUGUGUUAAGGAUCGGAUCAGCCAACACUCCAGACGGCAAGAGGAGGGGAUGGGCUGCGUCUUCACACCGAGGCGCAUCCUGGCGUCUAUGCUGCUGCUGUUCGUCACCUGCCAGACGAGCUAUUCUGAUACCACAGAAGAGCCCCUGAAAGAAGUUGAGGCAAAUGACAACAUAACUAUAUUUACGCGAAUAUUAGAUGGACUACUGGAUGGUUAUGACAACAGACUGCGUCCAGGUCUAGGAGAGAAGGUUACUGAGAUAAAAACCAAUAUAUUCGUUACAAGCUUCGGCCCAGUCUCAGAUACUGAAAUGGAGUACACGAUCGACGUGUUUUUCCGGCAAAGCUGGAAGGACGAGAGGCUUAGCUUCAAAGGGCCCAUGGAGAGGCUCCCUCUCAACAACCUUCUGGCCAGCAACAUCUGGACUCCUGACACCUUCUUCCUCAACGGGAAGAAGUCCAUCGCUCACAACAUGACCACCCCCAACAAGCUCCUGCGUCUACAGGAUGAUGGAACACUGUUGUACACCAUGAGGUUAACCAUAUCAGCAGAGUGUCCCAUGCAGUUGGAGGACUUCCCAAUGGAUGCCCAUGCCUGCCCACUGAAAUUUGGAAGCUAUGCUUACCCCCUCUCUGAGGUGGUCUACAUAUGGACCCAGGGCGCCGCUAAGUCAGUGGUUGUAGCUGAGGAUGGGUCAAGGCUGAACCAGUACCACCUGAUCGGGCAAACCGCUGGCACGGAGGACAUCUACACCAGCCGAGGACAGUACACAGUGAUGAUGGCCCAUUUCUAUCUGAAGAGGAAGAUCGGCUACUUCGUCAUCCAGAUCUACAUGCCCUGUUUCAUGACCGUCAUUCUGUCACAAGUGUCAUUCUGGCUCAACCGAGAGUCAGUGCCAGCAAGGACCGUCUUUGGUGUGACCACGGUGCUGACCAUGACCACCCUUAGCAUCAGCGCUCGCAACUCCCUCCCCAAGGUGGCCUAUGCCACCGCCAUGGACUGGUUCAUCGCCGUCUGCUACGCCUUCACCUUCUCCGCGCUCAUCGAGUUUGCCACCGUCAACUACUUCACCAAGAGGAGCUGGGCCUGGGACGGCAAGAAAGCCAUGGAGGCACAGCAUCCCAAGAAGCGGGACCCCAUGAUGCUGUCGAAGAAGCCCAACAACGUGUGCUCGGCCGGGGUCAACUUCACGCCCAACAUGACCAAAGACGUGGCCAUCUCCACCAUCUCCAACAGCACCACCAUCCAGAUGCGUGCGGCCGAGCUCCGCGAGCCCGACCCCAAAAAGACUUACAACAGCGUCAGCAAGAUCGACAAGAUGUCCCGCAUCAUCUUCCCCGUGCUUUUCGGGACCUUCAACCUAGUGUACUGGGCCACCUACCUCAACAGGGAACCCAUCAUCAGAGGGGCAGUGUCACCUACAUAGAGAAGGAAGCUGCUCUCUUGUCCACAUUUACCCUCACUCUCUCUCUAUCUCUCUCUCUCUAUCUCUCUCACACACACACACAGUCAUGCCAUAUUACCUUAGAUCUGUCGACCGGGAUCAUUGAUUACCUGGAGAUGCUGUCUUUUCAUCUGUUCAUUUGUUCAUACUGUCAUACAUUCAUCCCUUCAUCAUGGGAGAUGGACUGCCAUGUCCAUACUGUAAUUUGCAUGAUAGAAGCAGAACAAAAGAAGAACAAGAAGAAAAAAAAAGAAAUACAGUUGCCAUGUAUGCCUUGAAUAUUUGUACUGUAUAAUCCCUUGCUUAAUUUCCAUAUAAAUGUCACCAUUUCCACCUCCCUUGUAAAAACAACAAACAACUUCGUUUUGGAAAAUGAAAAAAAAAAAACAUCCCAUCCAAAUCUGAGGCAACAGAAAGCAUUUCUAUUACCCCCUUUCAUUUGAGAACACCUAAUCAUGAGAAAAACAGACUGAAUGCUAUGCAAAUCUAUGUCAACAUGCUCUCUCAUAUUAAUGCCAUAUGCAAUAAAGGAUUGAGGAACCAAAACAGAAUUUACAAAGGGCUAACAAGUCCUCUUUUGCCAAACAUUGACUAAUUGGCUGUCAAUCAAAUCUGAAAUGUGUUGCACAACAGUGCCCCCUAAUUCUGUGUUGUUUUUAAAACAUAUUUUCCAAACCCAGUUUUUGACUUCUCUGGGGUCUUUUGUACAUUUGAUGUAUAAAUAGAAUGAUUCUCCCCAAGUGUAUAAGCGCCUGUUACCAAUAGUAAGAGGUGAGCUUGUUGAUGAAAUAUCUCAUACCAAUUAAGUAUUUGAUACUCCCUUGUGUGAAGGAAAAAAUAGUUCAAAAUUGGCUUUUUAAGAUUAAGACAUAUAUAUACCUCUGGGCCAAAAUCAAUGUUAAUCACAAUGUUUGUUUUGUUUUUGUUUCAAUCCAUUUUUUUUGUAUUAUACUUACAUAUUCCAGCUCUUUUUAAAUGUUAAGCUUCAAGAGACUGAUGAGUGAGACUAAGAGAGCUUCAUUCUUUGUAUUUGCAACUUCUUACUUGCUCCAUUUUUGGUCACAUUUCUUACGAUUCAGAUGCUCAGUAAGGAUUGGAUCCUUUUUUCACUCAUUGUACAAUGGCAUUUAUUUCUCCCCUUAAGUAUUUAUUGAGUAUACAUUCUAAGGACUUUUAACUUUUAACUAUUGAAUUCUUUACUUAAUUGCACAGUGUGCACAUGUUUUCAAGUGACAAACACCCGUAGGGGAGAAACAAAGCAUGGACAGCUUUUUGCUAUUCGCGAUGCUCUCAGACGGAGCUGAAAAAUGGCCGAAACAAAAAGAGAGCGAUUUCCUUUUGCUUGGGAAACAAGGUGAAAAGGGAUCAAACUGUUGCGAUUACACAACAAUGCUACCUUUCGAAAGGAACCCCCCACCACCAUCACAGUUGGAAGUGUGCACUGUUUUGACAAGCCAGCUAAUUGCGCUUUGAUGCCUGACUUUGGACUCUUGCCUCUGGGAUUGCUCUUACCUGACCUCCCCUUCAGUGCAAGGCUCUCCCUGAGGACCUGGUCUGCACGGCUAACCCCCUAUAAAGCCCACAGAGAUACUUUUCCUUGCUGUUGGACUCUGGGUGAAGGAUUAUGGAACAACUUUGAUGAGUCCAUUGACGGUUUGCUUAAUGCUGAAAUACAAUGCUUUCUAUACUGUACAUGAUGACCUUUUUUUUCCACACGUAUAUGGAUGUAUUUAGAGACUUUUUAAGAGAACUAUAAAUCCUCUCUUCAUGGGAGGAAUACAUGCAAGAAGCACAUGAAACUGAGUAAACCGAUUCAGCAGAGCAGACUCACCCACUGCAUUGGAAAUGCAACUAUUGUAAUCACCUCUUGGACCAAUAUGGAUGGACCAUAUCCCAGCAUUCUUUAUUCUGACCUGGAACACUAGGAUCCUCCUGCAACAAUCAGAGCUCUCAAAGGAAUCCAGUAUGUAAUGUAUGGGGGGGGGGAAGAUUAUUGAUGACUGGACAUCAAACCAACUGUAAAGAUUUCAUUAAAAGCAUCAUGUACCAAAA